AUGCAUAUACACAUAAUUUGCAAGUUCUACAAAAAAUGGAAUAUUUUAGUUGAUAAUGUUUCGGGUCUUACUGUUAAAUCUUUGUGUAAUAUUCGAUGGGAAAGUCGAAUCAAAAGUGUUAAAGCUAUUAGGUUUCAAGCGCCUCAAAUAAAGUUAGCUUUGCAAAAAUUAUAUGAAUCUAGUGGUAAUGAUGCUAAGACUAAGAGUGAAUGUGAAAGUUUAGCUAAUUGUGUUGCAAGUUAUGAAUUUUUACUUGGCAUUGUGAUUUGGUAUGAAAUUUUAUUCUCAAUUAAAAAUGUGAGUAAGAAAUUGCAAACUAAGUCUAUGUGUAUUGGAGCUGCAAUGAAGGAAGUGAAAGGUAUUAUGUUGUAUUUUGAGGAGUAUAGAAAUAAUGGCUUUGAAUCUAGUAUAAAUAUUGCUAAAAGCCUUGCAUUUGAUAUGGAUAUAGAGCCUUCACUUCCGACAAAGCGUCAAAUAUUUAGAAAAAUGCAAUUUUAUGAGAAUAAUGAUGAUCUUUUCUCAGAAUUAAAAGUAUUGCAAAUGACUUUACCAAAUAUGUUGAUGUCGGCACAUGAGAUUCUAGAGUUUGUCAAAGAUGUCGAUUGCUUUCCAAAUGCAUUAAUAGCUUAUCUGAUCUAUUGA